AUGAUUGAAGAUAAAAGUGUACCAGUAGUUUAUGCAUUCUUAACUAGAAAAUCCGAACGAUUAUAUAAAGAAAAGUUUAACGAAAUUAUUAAUAAUAUUGCCGAAGAACCAAAAUUUGUUACUAUUGAUUUUGAAAUUGCAGUAGCCAAUGCUCCUAAAGCAGCAUUUCGAAAUGUCACUGUUUUCUGGUGUUUUUUUCAUUAUAAACAAGCAGCAUGGCAUAAAAUUAUGAAACUUCGAUUAAACGACAAAUUUAUAGAAGACCGUGAUUAUAAGACAUCGUAUUAA